CACGGUCGUCCUACUGCCCGCCACGCAUCACACACCGUUUGCAUACGCCGCAACUGGCGGCGGCAGUAUGCUAGGCGACGUGAACAUCUCUGCGAUAUUGGACUCGUUCUCCAUCAGUUACGAUAAAAGAGUAAGGCCGAACUACGGAGGUGAGUAGAUAGACUCGACUUUCUCCAUCUUACGAUAAACGAGAUCAUUCGUGGAUUUUAUGCCAUGUGCAAAACUUGUCGAUUCGAUAAGUUUGAUAUGUUUACUCGCCUAACUGGAAUAACUUUGAUUAAUACGCGUCGGUGAGGUAAUACGAGCCGUGACAAGUUUUGCGUUCGGCACGAAGCUUUUUCCGUCUCAUUGUUUAUGAUCGUUGCACUACUUAUGUGAAUCUAAAACGUUACCUUGCAGCUAACGAAAAUGAGAGAGUUAGAUGACGAAAGAAACCAAAUAUUGACACACCGGCAAAACCAAUCAAUUGGCGGUCGAACAGAAAACCAGCAGACGACUCUUUUAAUUCCACUUCGUUCGCUGCAAGCGCAGAAAAAAGCUUUUUACGUGUGCUCGGCUAAAAAAAAAGAAAAAAAAAAUAACUGGUGCCGUAUUCCGUCCUUCAAUGCAGUGCUGAGAUAAAAGAAACUGAAGAAUAGAAGACGGUGGAUAAAUACGCACGCAGGAUUUGCCUAAAAACAUUUAAUGCACGAAAUCGAUACGAUAAAUCAAAACGUAAAAACGCAAGCUUUCGAAUUGCUGUAACAAUAGCGCGGCACAACGGCUAAAGCUCCGGCGAAACGCUCCAGGAAAUAUUUUUGACGUCGCUUAUCAUCUCCCACGUUUUGCCGUACAAAAAACGACGGGCUUUCGAGCGUACUACCGCUUCCAUAAAACAACUCUGACGGGAACAGCGCGGCAGCACGUGUACGCGAAUCGCAUCCUGUUUCCCGGUAAAGGAGUAAUUUGCAGUUUACCACGCGGCCCAACCGCCAAAACUACCGAAAAAGAAAUACCGAUAAAACGAUGCGGCAGACACGGCGCAGUUUCUAGUCGCGGAGAUAGGAACGGCACGUGACUCCCGUGAAGAUAAAAGUGUAUAAACCGCAAAGCGUUUCUCUUUUAGCUCUCGAGCAAUCCGGAGAGUGCAGAAUUGUCUGUAAUUCCGUAGAUACCGGAUUUUGCGUGAACGGCCGUUUGAAAUAAAUGCCAUCAGGCAUUUUAUCGACUGCGAGUGCGAUACGAUUUUGCGGACGAAUAAACGCGCGAUGCUUAUAAAACAUACGAAUAUUAAAGAGCCAUUAGUCCAGUUUCGAGUGAACACGCACGCCACCCGAGAGUCAGUUAGAGGCAAUUAGUGCCUGCCAGUGGACGGCCCGUCCCACUUUCGGCUCGAUAGGCCCGGCCGAAAAGUCCCCGCGCGCGCGUUUCAGCUCGGCUCGCGCUAACCGAUUAUCGAUGCCAAAGCAGCCUACGAUUAUGAUUCAUGUGCCGACAAUUCUAUACCACGACAAAGUCACAUUUUCGGGGAUGGCCUCGUGGCGGUAGGGCGGGGCUGGAGCGCUUCGAUAAAACUCGGAUCGAUGCUGGGACGCCCCACGGGUUGCCACGGGUUACCGUUAACGGCAUCUCCGCUCUCUCCGGCUACACAGAGAGACGCAGUAUCUCGCCUUCAAUUACGAUUUUGACUUUGAUUUUGUCCUCGUCACUUGGCGGCCCCCUUUGUCCCGGAUUCUAUUUCGGAACCGCACUCACACUUUCGCCUCGGUGUCACGGUGCCGCUCUAACAAUGACGUGACACCUCGGUUUCAUAUAGUUGCUCUAUUUCUCCUCCCCGAAAAAAAAAAAAGGAAUCGGGGGUUUGAUUGACCGAGAAUCGCUUUAAUUCCACAUUUCUGGAAGAAACUAAAAACGUUUGCCGAUAUUUAUUCUCGUCCUCGCAGUUAUAAUCGUUACUAUCAGGUCAGAUAUAAAAAUCGAAAAAGCGGUUGACUGAAUAAUUAAUACCUCGAAUUCGUAUGCUGUGAAGAUGGUUAAAAUUACAAAUUGCAAUUACAAAUUCUCAGCUAAUGUGCAAUAAAGUGCGGAAUAAAAUAAAAUAAACGCGCAUUCGGCAUAUUAAUAAUUAAUUACAUUCCAUGCAAUUGUUAAACAUGCAAAUCCCAUCUAUAUUAUUUUAAUAUUAUUCAAUUUAUUUAAUUUAUUCUGGCAAUCGGAAAUUGUUUCAGCGUACUGAAACAAUUGACAAUUUAUUCUAACUGGCUCUCGGUACAACAAUUAACACGCCGCAUCGUCGUAAUUGAUCGAGGUAGUGGCAAAAAUAUAUAUUUUUCUCGAUUUUCCAAGCCACAUUAAGGGAAUGCAUUAGUGAUUCGCAGUAAACUCGAGCUGACUGUCAGGCAUAAAAGACGAUCGUUUCAUUUUCCGGCGGGAUCACGUAUACAGGUUGCUAUCGGCAGAUCGCAAAAAAAGCGCAUCAAAUAUACCGUCUAGAUUCGAAUCGCCGAUAUCCGCGCAUCUCGUCGCUUCCCGCAUAUCGAUACACGGGAUCCCCGGGGGAUACGAGUUUCUAACAUUUAAAAUUUAGAUCGGUACGCGGACAUUACGGAAACGGACACGAGAAUACCGCGGACGAACGGGAUAAACCGCUUGCCGCGCUGCUCUCCUCGAUUCGUAGUGCUUCAUUGGAUAUUCCCCGGAGCGCAGCCGGAUUUUCAAACACGAGCAGCUCCACCGCCGCCACCCAAGGCCUACGUAAAAUGACAAAAUACGUGACGGGAAACUCGAAAUGUUUGCACUCCAUAAACUGGCUGUCGUAAUGAUAAACAAAAACUUUUCGCGUACGUGUUACAAAAGGAAGCACACAAAACGCUAAAACGCAACGUAGACUCGAACAGAAUUACAACAAAGAGUCAAAUUAAAACGAUGAAACUUUAUAUGUGCUUUUACAUAUUACGUGCUUAUAUUAAAUAUAACGGAUAUUUAAUAUGCUUACAUCAAAUGUAUAUUUUUCGCGUAUUCGCGAGAAGGGAAUAUCUAUUAAAAAAUGUCUAAUUUAUACUAAAAGAUAAUGUAACUCAUAUAACAUUUGUUAUACGAUAAUAACGAAUAAAAAGGAAACAAUAUACAUGUACACGUAAAACAUUCAUAGCUCAGCAAAUAUAUAUCGGUCCACGCGGGGUUGAUGACUGCGAUUUUUCGAUCCGAUGGCCGAUUAUUAAUUUUUGUUCUUUCCCAGUUGUACCACAUGUGUCUGGAAUAUUUUUAAUCUUUUUUUUUCUCCCCCCCGGAGUAUAUAUGCUCUCUCACGGACGAUCGGUUUGCACGGGCGAGGCAUACUGGCGCGUUUCAAUUAACUCGAUACCACGUCGGCCGUGCGUUUUCCAGCAUGUCGCGAGAACGUCAUUGUGAAAUAUGUGUCCCAUAUGGGAUGUUCCUCGGCUAUAGGGGCUUUAAAAACAUCCUAGAAAUGGAAAUGAAGAUAUAUCGGUCGAGUGGCGCGCGAUGGCGUUGGCAGAGCCGUUGUUUACGAGUCAACUUUAUCGCGAAAACGCCAACGUGGACACGUAUAUGCGCCUCGCAUUCCCCAACCCUUUUCCCAGCGCUGCUCCCCCCUCGGCCUCGCAACCCCGGGCCUCGGCAACCGAUUCCUUCCAUCUGCACCUGACUUUCCCCGCCCUCCUUCGCCCUCCAUCCGAAUUUUCGCCCAUAAACUUUUCCACGGUGAGAUACCGCCUGAUCGGGCGCGAUUACAUUUUUCCGCUUCGUCUUUGCGGCCGAUCAAUUCGACCGGCAGCCUCGAUUUCGUGCCUCACAUCUGGUACGGACUCUGAAAUUUUCACGAACCCUCGUCAGGUCUUUGAAUUUAGAUUUCACAAAGAUUACGGGAGAUUUAGCUUAUGUCACGUCGCAUAUUGAAAUACGUGAGCGUAAGCGAUUAUUUAUGGAUAUCCCUCUCUCACUAAAAUUCAUCAAAUUUUAUUAAAAAUUUAAAAUAAUUGCAAUCGUGGACAACACAGUUUCGAAAAAUUAUAAUCGCGCGAAAUCAGUUAGAAACAAGUUUUUUAAGAAGAAGAAAAUUAUUUGGCACAAAUAAUUUUACGACGCCUGGACUUAAUACCAAUUCAGCUUUAAAUAUGACUUAUUUCGCCUCGAUUAAGUUCAAGCGCGUAUAACAUAAACCGUACGACAGCACGAAACAUGUCACAGCGCUGCGCACAGAGAGAUUAAGCCUAUCCGCAAAACCGUCGUUAUGUAACGACGAUGACAGCCGAGCACACGUAAAUUAGCGCAUUAUUAUCGGACAUCGUCUAAUCGAAAGCGAUUACCACUUUCAGCGAUCCAUCCAACGUAGCGACCUCUCACCAACAUAUACCAUUUCGCAUUUACAGUAGACUCACAGAACGCUACCGCAUAAAAAAAAAAAAAAAAGAACGAAAGAAAGAAAGCAAAUAUAUAUUUGUGAUAAUUAACGAACAAAUGCCAUACAGUCACUCUCACCUGUGUAGCUUGGCCGCGGCCGAAAACCGGCGACUCAGUUUUACUAACCUUCGAUUUCAGGUCCUCCCGUCGAGGUGGGCGUCACCAUGUACGUCUUGAGUAUCAGCUCCCUAUCCGAAGUGAAAAUGGUACUACCUCUAGGUCUUAUUCAGUAAUUCUGCUGAAAGUUUUACUCAUUACUACUCGUUCUCGGCUAAACACAAUCCGCCCUUCUCCACUCCCCCGCCCGCCCGUCGGUUUCUUCGCCCACAAGCGAAUACCGUUCUUCUUUUUUUUUCAUAGUGCCCGUGUACUUUCAAGUCAACGAUAUUGCCGCUGAUCGUUACUGAAUUGCAAUUAGCAUUUUUUAUCCACCGACACACAUGCACAGACACACCACGUGGGAGAUUUACACGCGGCGACGACACGAGUGCGGAUGUAUAUCCGAUUCAACACUGUUGUACAUACACGCGCACACGAGUGUGUAUUCUUCCUGUGUUUUAUUCUUUUUUUAUCACAUCACCCUCGCAACGAAUGGAACAAUCAUCAUUUUCAAUUAUUCAGUUAAGUGUACAGAUCCAGGAGAUUUUUAUACCUCAUAUGCAACAUAAUUCUCACUCACUAUUUAUGUUAUGUGUGUGUUUGUAACUAUUUAAACGUGUAAACGCAUAUUCUGUUAUUCCCUUGCUUCUCGGAACGGAUACUUGAGCGUCGCGCUGACGUAUUCGGAUAAAUGAUUUAUUUCGAAAAUCAACAAAGACAACGAGAAAGAGAGAGAGAGAGAGAGAGAAACAGAGCAACGCAUGUUGAUUCUAGUGAUCGACUCUAAUGUUGAUUCCAUUAACAAUCAACAUCGUUUGCAUCUACGUGCAUCAUCUCUCAUGCUGUUCGUGCCGCCUCGACAAAUAAUUCGUUCGUGUCGUUAAUCACGCACUAAUUGGGGCGAUAAAUACUUUCCGCGAGUUCGAGUCGGCUCUACAAUAAACUACUCGUUGUUUAAUAUGUUCACUGAGGCGUGAAUUAUCUCCAUUGUCUAACGACGCUGUCGCGAUUAUUUCGCUCCGCGCACAUAACGAUUGAUUAAUUGCAAUCCUACGAGCUCGCGUUGUUUUAAUGCAACGAAAGAAAUUCAAUCAUCGGCUCAUCGAUUGGGUGCACGAGAGACAUCUCGCUCUCGUCGAUCCCCGCCAGUCGUCAUCGCAUCGAUACCGUCCUGCAUCUAUCGACACAUACGGCACCCUGACGUUGAAAUUGGUUAGCCCUUGCCAUGCGCAGAGCACCGCAUCGCUCUGGGCUAUGUGUCUCCUUUGAUGUGCCGUUCGUUUAACGACGACGUUUGGAACCGCGAAAAUCGAAUAACAGGAUUACCAAAACGAUUCAGCGCUUGCUUCGAGGACCUCGAGACCCGCCGCCACGAGGCGACGUCCAAUUUCUUGGCGCGUUGGUUCCGGGACCAAUUGAACUCAAACUAUGCAGAAGAGAACUAAUCGGUGCAGUAUCUCGCUUCUCGACGGGUAAUAACGUCUCUUAAACGAAAUAAAUGAGGAAAGAGAUUCUCACGUUUCCAUUCGAACCAAAUCAUUGAUCGAGAUUUACAUUUUUUAUUUCUUUGUCAUGUGCAUUUAGAAUAGCUGUGAAAGAAUUUUAUACCAAAAUUUUAUACCAAAACACAUGUUCAUUAAUCGCAACAUAAAUUUACGAUUACCAGACACGUGGUAAAACGCGAAAUUUCUGUCACUCAAUUAAUCGUGAGUGGGAAAUGGGUUAUUGAUCUGUUUGAUUUUAUGGCACUUUAAUGGUACUUCAUGCGGUACUUGACGUUUAGUUUUCGUUUGAUAUCUCAUCUUUGAAUAUGUGACGUCAAAAUACCCAACCAACCGACGAGCAACUUGUAGAAAGAAAAAUAACAAUCACCGUUCUUUCUAACGAUCUUCUUAUUAACGAUUUUCCCCCUUAAUUAUUCUCUCUUAACUCUUUCUUGCGUAAUAUAAAUUUUCUUUCGCCUUAAAGAAUCGGAAAAUUAUUUCACCACACAAUUUACCGGUUUACUGACGCGAAAGUAAGCGUUAUGCAAUCGCAGCAUAAAAACGCCAAUUUAAAUUUAGUAAUCCAUGUAUAAGACACGGCGCGCGCGAUGGCGAUUACGCGACGCGGUUUACCGCUCGCACUUCGAAACUACCGAAAUGAAGCUAACCGAGCUCCUAACUCACUUGAUAUAUUGUAGUACCAUGUGGCCCGUCUGCUUAUCGCGCUACCGGUUUACACUGACGUAGAGAAAUAAGUGUGCGCGUGUAUGACCUUACACGCAUCUCUCCCAUACACAUACACACAAACAUUCACGUACACACGUACACGUUUAGUAGUACGAGCAACAGAAAAAAAGAACAAGAAUAUGUAACUAAAAAAAAAAAUGGACAAAGUACUAUUUCAUAUUUCAGAUAAUAUAUACUGGCUGUCCUCGUUCCUCGCUCGGGAAACGGGGACUGUAGUUUUGGCAACUGGGAAGCAGCGGGAGACUGCGUGGCUGUGGUCGCGAAAUCGACCACAAUGUCGAAAAAAAGAGAGGCAAACAAGUAAACUCGUUCUAAAUUAUUGCGAGGUAGUUUCCGUUUAAUGCGCGCGGAAACUAGAUUUAUCUCGAAACAUAAUCUCCUAACUAGAUGUUUCGAUGUGAUUUAGGCGCGCGAAUUACAUUGGCGCGAAGCGCCAUUAUCAAAGUUUUCGACACUAACGUGAGGAUCUUGUGGUAACAGCGUGCGGAUCAAUCGAGACAAGUUUUUCCAGUUGCUCCGACUACCGUUUUCGUUUUCAGCGGGCGUGGAAAAAGUUAGCUCACUGAUUUCCUGCCUGACUUUGAGCCUGGGCUGCCCCGAACGUCACGUAGUGUUUAGAAAGAACGUGAAUGAGGAGCGUCUUUUUAUUGCUUUUCUGCUCUCCGGAAAAAUAGUAUUUUGUUCAAUACAUAUUAAACACGCACGACCGUCCCGUUAGACCGUUCUUAGACGCUCUAGCUGCUAUGCCGCGGUUGCUGAAAUGGGCUGCCGCCUGCUCUACCACUUACAAUUAUUAUUAUUCUAUGUCCCAUCACCCCCUGCCCACCGAAAGAACCCCCCCCCCUCUCUCUUUUUGCCCGACACCUCCGUCAUCUCUCUAUCGAAACACCGCACGUAUCACGCGUUUCGUGUACGAACACGCGAGAGAGAAUAAUUCCACGAUCGAUUUGCCUCCGAUCGAUUUUAUCCGUCCGAAUUCCUUCCAGCAGCUCUUUCGGUAUUUCAAGACAAUCUCCCCUCACAUCCACCCCUUAGAAGCUAAAAAUAAGAUAAAUGAAUUUCGCCCGGAAUCGACGACCGCAAUGACAAUGACAGCAAUUCAGUGUAAAGUAACGAUGUCGUUCGACGUACGUUCGACAAGACGACGCGCCGCUCUCGAUCACGGAGAGCCGUCCAGUGUAGGGCGAAAAAAACGACGAUAUAAAAAAAAAAAAAAACGAGCCAUAUUUCCCCGGGAUAUACGUACACGUAUAGCCACAACGAAUUCUAAUUGGAAUACGACGUGACGAGCGAUCGGCAAAAACAAGAUGCAAAAAGUGCAAAGAGAAGCGAAAGAGAAAGAGCGAGAGGGUGAGAGAACGAGACAAAGCAAAACUACUAUAAAGCGACGCGGUAAAAAAAAAAGAAAGUAGUAGUAAGGUAAUGUCAUACUGCUACGUGGCUGUGAUGUGUAUGUAAUUUGUAUAUAUACGUAAGAGCAUAAUGCCUAUGUAACGAGACAAGUAUGAAUGCUUCUUCUAGCUUUGGAAGGCAACGUGGCCGACGACGAGUCCUGUUGAUUUGGUUCCGUGCAGGGUGCGAGCUCUCCUCGACUUUGUCCGUUCGUGCUUUGCCUCUGGCUCACACAGUGAAUAGGCGCGCGCAUGAUUUUCUCUGAAUAAAUGAUAUUGCCGGAUUUACAUUUGAGAGGGGAGGCGGGGGAAAGGGGGUAAAAUGCCGAACGAUACGUUCGCGCGUGUCGAGCGUGCUCGCGACGUGGGGAUUCGUAUUCGCGCGGGUUUAGAUUCCUCCGAUAGGGCAUCGCGCCCCGACAUGCGAAACGCGCGUCACGGCACGCAAUGCGCGAUGCGGUAAAACGUUUCAAAAUUACUUUAGAAGCAGUCCUAAAUGCCUAAAGUGACGUGAGGCGCGCGUGAGUCAGAGGUAAAGAUAAUAUUCGUCACGUAUAACCACUGUCAUUAUUGCUGCUGUUACUAUUAUUACUGUUGUCCCUAGAUAUCUACUUAUCUCGUACGCGAUAGGGUACAUCGGUUGAUUAGAGAUUGGCGGGUAAUCACAGCGACCAAGGCCGGAUGGUUUUGUUGAUUGCAGGUCCGCCCGUGGAGGUCGGCGUCACCAUGUAUGUCCUCAGCAUCAGCUCCGUGUCCGAGGUGUUGAUGGACUUCACGUUGGAUUUUUACUUCCGACAAUUCUGGACGGAUCCACGACUCGCGUUCAAGCCGCGAGCGGGCGUCGAGACGCUCAGCGUCGGUUCAGAAUUCAUCAAGAACAUUUGGGUACCUGACACCUUCUUUGUCAACGAGAAGCAGUCGUACUUUCACAUCGCUACCACCAGCAACGAGUUCAUUCGUAUUCACCACUCGGGAAGCAUCACGCGUAGUAUACGCUUAACGAUUACAGCGUCGUGUCCCAUGAACUUGCAGUAUUUCCCGAUGGACCGACAACUGUGUCAUAUCGAGAUCGAGAGCUUCGGAUACACGAUGAGGGACAUCCGGUACAAGUGGAACGAGGGCCCAAACAGCGUCGGGGUCAGCAACGAGGUCUCCCUGCCUCAGUUCAAGGUCCUCGGUCAUCGUCAACGAGCCAUGGAGAUUAGUCUUACCACCGGGAAUUACUCGCGGCUGGCCUGCGAGAUCCAGUUCGUACGGUCGAUGGGCUACUACCUGAUCCAGAUCUACAUACCCUCAGGGCUGAUUGUCAUAAUAUCGUGGGUGAGCUUUUGGCUAAACCGAAACGCGACCCCCGCUCGGGUGGCCCUCGGAGUAACCACUGUGCUCACUAUGACGACCCUAAUGUCCUCGACGAACGCGGCGCUACCAAAGAUCUCCUACGUCAAGUCCAUCGACGUCUAUCUGGGCACCUGCUUCGUCAUGGUCUUUGCCUCGUUGCUCGAAUACGCCACGGUGGGCUACAUGGCGAAGAGGAUUCAGAUGCGGAAGAAUCGGUUCCAAAAGAUAGCCGAGAGCAUGAAGGCCGCGAGCGAAAAUCCAGGACCCCGCGUGCCCGGUGAUCACGGCGAUCACGCGCCUAAGCAAACUGAGGUGCGGUUCAAGGUGCACGACCCAAAGGCACACAGCAAAGGUGGGACACUCGAGAACACCAUAAAUGGUCGCGCCGAUGAAGAGUCGGCGGGCGCGCCGCAACAUAUUAUUCAUCCUAGCAAGGACAUCACCAAGCUCUACGGUAUGAGUAGACCAUGCAUAACGCCGUCGGACAUCGACAAGUACUCCCGCAUCGUAUUCCCAGUAUGUUUCGUUUGCUUCAAUCUGAUGUACUGGAUCAUUUACCUCCACAUCAGUGACGUGGUCGCGGACGAUCUCGUGCUACUCGAGGAGGCCAAGUAAAAACGGCGGCGUCGCGGUGCUCCUAAUCGACGAGGGAGAAGGGCAAAAGAGUGCACAGAAACGAGCAUUCUUGCGCGUAAGAAUGGGACAAGGAUCGAUUCGCGAAAGAGGAAGCGAAAAACGGUUCAAGGAGGAUAAAUCGAGACGCGCUUGGUGACUACUUCAGGACGAGAGUAGUAAAAGCGAGUAGUAAAAGCGAACGACAUCCGAGACAGCCGUACACCCAGCUCGCAAACCGGAGAGGUGCUCUCGAAACGUGCGCUUAGGUCCGCCUCGAGAGCAUGGUAACCACUUCUCCACUGGAAGUAGUAGCGGACAAAUACGGCCGCGCGGUCGCCUAGACCCGGAGUAGGACUACUUCGCGAUCACUGGCAAGUAGAAACGUGAACGAACAGCUCGGACUCUGGCGUGGCUUGCCAAACGCGCGCUCCCACUACUUGCCCGCGGCGUCGUGGCUACCGCAAUUUCUACCGGGCAGCAGACACUCGUUCAUCAAUCAGCGAUCGGGCACGCGUUAAGCCUCGGCUAUUCUCGCUGUCCACACACGAGGCGUCUUCGUUAAAGACUCUAUAUAUAUAUACAUAAAUAAACAAAUAUAUGUAUAUAUAUAUAUAUAUAGAUACGUCGCGCGAUACAUAGAACUAAAUAUGUCGCGACGCAAGCGAAUCGGCAGGCAGGAGCUCAAUCGCGGAAAGGCGAAUCCACGAGCAUACAUACCAUAAAACAUUGCCAGUCUAGGUAUCUCUAGUUCUUAAACGGAGAAAAAUACCUUCGAUAUAAACACUUGUCAAUUUAGCCACCAUUAUACAUAGUAACGUUAACUAACGCUAAGAACAACUCGUCGGUUUGAAGCGACGAUUCAAUCGAGAGCAACUUGAGGACGGAAAAAUAUAGGAUUAUCGACGUUCGUCGAGGUCGAGGAUGAAUCGUCGCUCUGACGCCGUCAGCAGCGUUCGCGCGCAGAGGAAACGUAGCGGAAAUCGCAUGGUGGCAUGUGUGCGCGUGUAUGCAAGCGAAUGAGAGAGAGAGAGAGAGAGAGAGAGAGAGUGCGAAUGAACGCGCGAGCACUAGUGUAUGAGUGAAGAACGUAGAACGAAAAAACGGCGGGAAAAUUCAUAUUCCAAACGAAGAUAAACAAUGUACUAUCGGAGACUGGUGCGACUUAUUAUCUCUUAAGUACAGUAAGUAUAUGUAUAUUAACAUAUUGUAUAAACGCACGCGCGUACGCGGCCACGUUAGGUAUGCGCGUACAUGCAUAUUAGACACGUGCGUGCACACGUGCGUACGCAGGACGCGUACGAACGAUCUCGCGUGAGCAUUCUCUACGCGCGAGGGAGAGAGAUGACAAGUGGAAGGGGAUAACGCGACGCGGGACGCCCACGACGAAAGCGGCUCGGGUUUCACGGUGGCGGCCUCACUUCAACAUCCGCAUUUAUUUGGAUUACGGCCAAGUAAGAGCCAAAUCUCUCUCUCUUUUCAUUUCGUAGGACUUUUUUACGAUUUUUCACCGCGCGACUUUUGUAUUUCUGUAUGUAUAUGACUCACGUCGCCGCUACGGUAAAAUCGGUGUAACUGUCGUCACUCGUCCCCAGGGCGUCCCUACGUGCGUGUGCACAUGGCUCAAUCGGGAGUACUCUUAGCUCGUACUACGUAGUCGCGACUGUUUACAUAGGGAAACUCCCGGGACGUAAUGAUUAUAGAUCGGACGUAAAAAUACUCUAAUCGAGUUGAUAAAAAUUGAGGGGGACAAUGGACCAAGGCAGAAUGCAACUCGGCAUUCGUUCGAUAUCUGCUUUUACUUAAAAGAUAUUUUCGUUAAAAAAUAAUUAAUAUAUUAUAUACGUUUCACAAAUAUGGUAAAAAUCAUGGCGGAGAAACAGAUGUGAUAAAAAUUAAUUUAUACACUCGCAAUUAUCAUCCUGUUAGUAAGAGGCUGUUACUCCAAAAUAUUAGAACAUUUCCAUUGAGAAUUUUAUUCGCGCAUCUUAAAUUACAUUCGUUUGUAUAUAUUGCCUGUAACGAUAACAAACCAACGCAGCCGGAUUUUGUUUAUUUAAUUUAUGGCUAAUCCCAUCAACAUCCUUUAUAGUAUUUAUGCAAGAUGAGAAAGACAGUAAAAUACAAUCUCUCUUAUUUGUGCGAAUUGUUUUUAGCUCCGAGUUUACAACGGUCUUCUCGUUUCAACGUAUUUCGUGGCCCAAUGUUUUGUCAAUUUAAUUAACGUUAAUUGCAUGGUGUUCUACUUCCUUCUCUCGCUGCGCACUCGCUACUCGUACUUUCUGAAAUCCUGUUCACCAUUACGGGCCAUCGAUCACUUACACAAGAAGUUUCCAAAACCUACACUCGAAACUUUCUUCUUUGCGCUCUUCAUAUAUAAACUACCUAGUAGCCGAGCUACUUUCUUUUAAAUGUAGCCAAUUCUGCCUCUUGGAUUGGAUGCUAUCUUUCGCUGUUGUAAUUUUCAUAAUUAUUCAUCUUAAUAAUUAAACUUCAAUUUAAAACUUUAUUGUAUCUUAUUUGAAAUUGAUAUUGAAAAAUAAACUCUUAUAUUACGUAUAUUUAUUUCUUAAAAACUUGACUCUUUAAAACUUGCCAAUCUCCAAGCGCUGGCAAUAUAAGAACAAUUGAGCGACAUUCUUUUUAGUUGGACUUCUGAUGUUUAUGAUUUAGGAAAAGCGCGGAAAACUUCAGGAACGUUCUAUAUAUACAUAUAUACAUGCAAGCUCUCUUUUUGCUGGCCUUCUCUCUUGCUCCUUGGACGUAGCGGCUGACUGCAAGCUGGGCCGUGGAAGCUUGCCAUUCAGGAUAUCGACCAGCUGACACGCCCAACCCACCCUCUGACUCUUUCUCAUCCCUUCUAACGCCCUCCCCCCCCUUCCCCCCAUCCCCACCGCUCUUACUCUUCCUCUCCCCAUUCUCGUCCUCCAUUCUAUUUCGCAAUCGCCAAAUAGUCCGUUCACGAAACGCUACUGUCAGUCGUGCAUUUAAUAAGGAGAUCGUUGUCUUGGCAUACCCCGUGAGAAUUCUUUAUGGGAACAGAUAUCGGUAGUCCAGAAUUCUGCCUUGGGUCACUAUUCCAUCUCAGAUAUUCGAAAGAAACGAAGGAGGGAUGGUCAUAUAUGAGCGUCACGUUUUAUCAAUGCGAUUUUUAUUAGAUAACAUCGGUCAACUUUAUCGGUUUUCUCAUCGAAAAGAGAAUUACGAAUUCUCAGUAGAAACGAUUACACGGCAUUUUUAGCAUUUCAAUUACGAGAGAUACAACCUAAAUAAAUUACUAAAUUCAAUCAACAACGUUCUUUUGCUGAACAAACGUUUAAAUUUCACACAAAAAUCGAAAAAUAAAAAUAUAAAAGUACAUACAUUUUCAAGUAACUAAAUUGUCAAAGCUGCGCGUAUAAAAAAAGCACUAGUUUAGAUUUUUUUUUUAAUACACUCGAUUAAAUAUGAUUCUCUAAAUAAUAUAAACAACGUCAUUAAAACGGUUUGUAAGAUAUUCAGAAAACAUCUAAUAAUAAUUAAUAGACCUCUUAGGUAUGUUAAUAACAUUUUAGACAUUUUUAGAUGUUUUUUUAAUGAAUGUCUUGUUCAAAUUGAUAUCGACAAAUCUGAUUCUAAAAAAUAAUUCUAGGACCGUGAAUAAGAAGUAACUUUAAAAAUUUCAAGUAUCUACGUCAAUUUUGUAUUUUCAUAGUAGCUCGUACUUUAGAAUCACAAUUUGAGACCGGUAUAAUUUCGAUCGCGAUUUUCCGUUGUCGCAAGUAAACAAUAGCGGCGAGCUCUCGGUGUUCACAACGUCCAAAUUUCAAGUCAGUGAGUUAUGCCGGUUCAAUUUAAAUCGUUGUACUUUUAUUCUUUCGCGAAGAUGAUUGCACGCGCUUUCUGGCUUUCUCGACUUUUCCAGACACCAGCGCGAUUAAAUGACACCCGGUAGACUUACACCUCGCGUAGUUCAGAUGCGACAAUUCAUCAUCGCGGACACACUCGAUCGCGGCGUUUGAUCCGCGCGUUUAAUUCACUUAUUUCGCUUCCGCGUUUUCCGCGCCGAACACUCGUCAUCCGGUUCUCAAUCGCGGUCACGCGAUAAUGCAAAUAACAGCGGUGCGAGUUUGUUGUGCGCGAGAAGGCGCAAAUCGCGUGCCCAGCCCUCGUUCGUUUCUUUCUUCGGCUGCACUCGUACAUAAUAUAUAAGUAUCGAUACAUUUCUCCACGUCCGCCCCAACCGGAAGCGUUGUGUGCAAUUUAUAUAACUAUACAUCCGUUGUCUAUUCGGAGUCUCUAUAAUAACGGGAGAGAAGUGGGGGGGGGGGGGGGAAGAGGAUCUAACUCGUUUUAUCGUUGUGAUAUAUUCUAUGGUAGCUAUAUGCAUUUAUUCGCGCGUACAUGAUGACAUAUACGCGUGCCUAUUGUUUACACUGGAUCUUUAAGUGGGACAAACGGCGGGAAUUGGCGUGUCCAUGGUCAGAGGCGAUGAAAAACUCUUCCUUAGAUAGGCAUACAGUUAGGUGUAAAGUAAAGCAAAUAAUUAAAUAACGUAAUAAUUAAUUAACUAUAUAGAACGAAAUAAUUAACGUAAUAAAGAACGCGUCGAUGCAUCUCGCGAUACAUGUUAGCAUCGAAUGAACGAUAUUCCUUUUGAAUGCGCGAUAUUAAAUCAAUCCAUCAAUUGUUAACGUAAUAAUGAUCGAUUACGAACGAUGCUAUUAUAAUUCAGAAUAAUCGAUUACGCAUUAAUUUUUUUGAGAAUACGCGCAUCCGUUAUAAUUUCUUGAACGCUUAGAUUCCCUAUUCAUUUAACUCAUUAUGAGGUUAUCGGGAAUAUCUUGUUAUUAUAUGUAUAAUUCUAUUAUUUGUGUAAGAUAUUCGUAUAACGUUCGAAUGAAUUUCUAACAUUAUGCAUUUGCUUGAGCUGAAUAAGUAUUCGAAGUUAGGAAACUUCGUUGAUCCAACGUUGAAAUGAAUUUAGUAGCAGAAGACUCAUAAUCAAGUGUAUUCAUUUACGAUAAUUCAAUCGCUCAACGCGAUUUCUUGUGCCGAAUAUAAACAAAAAACGCGUGCAUUGUAUAAGCGCAAAUCGAGAUUAUGCACGUCAUACGGGACGCGUCAAUUCCCUACAGACGUCACGAUCGACAAUUAUUAUUAUUAUUAAUCUCACUAAAAUUUUUAUUACCUUUAUUAUUAUCUUUAUUAUCGUUAAUCAUUAUAAAUGACCGUUUAAACAUAACGGCGUUCUUUAUCCUCUGGCAGGAUGAUUACUUGCGUUAUCAGCGGGCACUUAUAUCGCGUAUAAUGUUACUAAAUAGAUGAAGUCGUUAUAAAAACAAAGAGCAGCCGGCGCGCAGGCAUCUCGAGAUUUAAUGAGAAGG